AUGAGUUAUUACGAUUUAGACGAUAUACUAGCUGACGCAGAAAAACUACCGUGUCAAUUCAACUAUACAAUCCCCGGGUUAGGUUAUUUAGAAGGAAAUCCAGGAAAAUCAAUAAAAAAAGGAACUAAAAUAGAAUUACCAUUUUGGUUAGCAGAAAUAUUAGCAAUAUUAGAAAUAGAUGAUGAUAACAACAAAAAUCAGAAUCUAAUUAAUGAUGAUAAUCAAGAAAAAUUAAAUUUUAUAACUUUAGAUGAUCCUGAAUUUAUAAAUGAAAAAGUUAUAAAUGCAAUAAAAUCAAAUUCUGAAUCAUUAAAUUUAAAUAAAUUAUCUUCUCAAUAUUAUGAAAUGAUUAUAAAAUGGUUAAAUUUAAUUUAUGAACCAAAAUUAAUUGAAGUUAUAAUGAAUUGUUUAAAACAAAGAAGUUUUAAAAUUAAUAAUUUUUCAAAUAAUAUAAAUCAAAAACAUUUUAAUAAUGAAUUCUUAUAUUAUUUAGAUGAAUUUGAAAAAAAAUUAUUUAGAGAUUCUAUUGAAAGUAAUAAAUUAAUGAAAAAUUGGUUAAAAGAAUAA